CUAGAAAAAGAUGGAAAUCGAGAACAUAAAAUUUCUCAACAAAUGCCGGGACGUUGCAGAUAUACGGCAAAUGAAAAGAAGAUGGGGUACCCGAUCAGAUCUUGGUCAUCGAGGCUAUUAAACUGUCUCUCAUUUGCAACAACGAAAAAGUCCUUAACGAAAAGAAAUAAGAAUACAAUAUAAUUUUUUAGUUCAUCAUAGGGAGGCAUACUGGAGAUUCCCUAGUUUCAAGCAACGUGUUUCCAUCACAGGGGUGAUAGCCGACAGGGGCAUCAUGAUACAGAUGGCUCAACAAAUACAAAAAAGGUAAUGUAGGGAGUCAGGUUUAUAUCAAGACCCGCUUCUCACAAGACUUUUCAAUAAACAUGUCUAAGAAAAUCUAUUAGUGGUGAGAGAAACAUAGCCACGCAUACAGAAUGGCAUGGUACCACACACCCUGAAAAAGCUUGUCAAAAUGAAGGGGCUGCAAAUAUAAAAAUGAAGACCGUCCAAUAGAAACUUAAAAAACUUUUCUAACGGAGUGCCUAGAACAGCAAAAAAGGAAUAAAUCUUACCAUAACACGCAGAAAAUUAAUGCUUAGGAAAAAAAUCAUACACGUAAUAUGUAAAUUAGCCUGUUCUUGUUAUAAAAUCAACAAACAAAUAUUGCAAAUUCUUGUUUUAGGGGUAUUAUCACUGUAAUACUUUAGUUAUACUUUUUAAUAAACGACCCAAGCCAUAAAAAUUCUUCUCUCGAGUCGUACCAGUUACAGUAUCAUCAAAAAGUAUAUUUGAGCAGCUGCAGAAAACAGUGUUCUAGUCCCUAGUUCAGGAGUCUAUGUUCUGGUAUCUAGUAGCAAUUAUGGGGAAAAACUACUUUGAAAAAGGCAGUCGCUUCUCUAUGCUUGACAGAACCUCAGUGAGCCAUUAGCUCAAAAAAAUUUUUUCUUUAAUAACAUCAAGAUAAGGAGCUUAUCUUUAAAUACUAGGAAAAUCCUAAUCCCUAAAGUAAAUGAUUAUUUCCUAUUGUGCGAUACCAGAAACACUUAAAUAUGAUCGGUGAAAAACAAGAGUGAGUCUAAGAAUAAACACAGGCUCCAAGCAAUCUUGAAAUGCUUUGGAAGUCAAGUUAAGAUUUUAUUAUCAAUAUAUGAAAAAGAGGCAAAACUGUAUAUGACGUCAGAUGAUAUAGCUAUUAUGGCAAUGUCACGGCAUCUUGUGACAAAUCCACAAACAAUCUCAAAGAAAGAGCAUCUAGAACUGGAAGAGGAUACACUACAAUUUUAGACAUGGCAGAAGGGUUUGACGUUCAUAGACUGACAGGAGACAAAGAAGCGACCAAUCCAACACUACAAGAUAAAUGUCGCGCGGUAAUAUUAGACGCAAGCGGCAUUGAGAACAGUGCAGAUCUCCGUAAAAAGUUGAAUUUACCAGGACCGCUGAUCGACUUUCUAACAAAACAGUUUGGUUCUGAUGAUUUCUUUAUCAACAAAGAAGAUGUAACAGCCGAAGACAUUUCAACAGAAACCUACAAAGCAACAUGCAUGCUCGACAAAAGGAAUGUUCUUCUAAAAUGCAUCCCUAAUCGAAUACUCUCCGAGGAAAACCGAGAAAAAAUCCAAGCCUGGAGAAAAAAGGAUCUAAAAGGAAUACAACGUUGCCUUGUAUCAUUUCAAGAAGGACAGAAAGAAAUCUUUAUUUUAGAGGGAGGGCUUCAUGGUAUAAAAGAUAUCAUUGGAAUAAUGAAAGGAAAAGAUAUGCGACCGGACGAGAUUUCUAUAUGGUAUUUGAUGAAAAGAGUCACAGAAAUACUUCAAGGUCUCCAAGAGAAGAAACUGCAGUACCAAGAACUUGACAUGAGCAAAAUAUGUAUAACAAGCACUGGAGAUGUUUGCAUGUACAAUCCAAUCCGGUAUAUUAGUGAAAAUCCAAACAACGACCCAUUUGCAAUAUCUGAAAGCGGAUCCUCAGCAAUAUACACCCCGCCAGAAGUGAUUUCAGGUGAACAACCAACCAUUAAAUCAGAUAUAUGGAUUGUUGGAUGUGUCCUCUAUGAAGUUGCAAUGCAAAAGCCAGCAUACUCUGUUACCGGAACUGAUAUAUUUGCAUCCCUUAAUGAAAUUGUUGAGGGCAAAAUGCCAGAAACACUGGACAGUGAAUACUCUAAAGACCUUCAGAAGAUUUUAACAUCAUGCUUACAUGUGCAAAUGCAAGGGCGCCCGGGCUUAGAAACUCUUCUUCAAAAGGCCGAAGAAAAACUUAAAGAUGGAGCGUAUGACUUUAGCAAGUGGCUUCAGAGUCAAUAAACAAUGUUAGUGAACAGUAAAAGAGCUUACGUAGAAGUGUAAUAACAUAGCGGACAAGUUUUCACAAUAAAUUCAAGCAAAUAGGUUUUUUAUUAAUAAUUACUUUCACAUGUCACAAAAGAGAUUAUCUAUAUAACCGAAAAACAUUCAUUUAGAAGUGUUUAUUAUUUUUUUCAUUAUUCUUUGAUGAAAUAAUCAUAGCUACUUAUAGUGCAUCACGAUUUUACGAAUAUAUUGUAACGUAUGAGCCGUUAAGAAAGACAUCAAAGAUAAAAAUUAAAAUCUUGUAAAGAAGAGACGUUGGAAUAAUAGCCUAAUGUGAUAGGCAAUCAAUUAAGAUUGGUUUAGAAAAAAGAAACUUCUUAUUCACAGAAACGAUAUGAAGAAAAUAACACGAUAACACAAUUAACAGUAGUGAAAAGAGCUAAGCGUCGAUCAAAAGGAUGUUUUCCAACUGCCAACAAGUAGAUGAUCGAAUGAUAAAACACAGUUGCAUAAAUGAACUGUCGUUAGCCAUGGAGUAAGUGAGUUACUUUACGGGGAUAUUCCUGAAAAAGACUUUAGCAAAUAGAGAUUAAGCAUUAACCAGGCUGCAAAGAUAAAUGUAGAGAUAAUAUACCAUUCCCUGUGUUAAGAAAUCUAAUGAUUUCAAGAUAAAUUUAUCUCUGAAUCAUUAGGCCUGCAAAAAAAAGAAAAUGUGCAUGACACCUUACCUUAUUUGCAAACCAAAAAAAAACUAACCAGAAGCAUUCAAAAAAAGUUAAUAUGAAAUCGUUAAUUAGAAAAAAACAUCUGACGUAUGAGAUAAAUAUUAUCUCACCGUAAAC